AUGUCAAUAUGGGUGAACCUGGCCUCAAUCCUGAAAGAAGAAUUUAACAUUGAUUUGCGUGUAAUGGGCAUACUUGGUUCAAAGUCAAUGCUUCUUAGUGAUGGGGGCAUUGACUUAGCUAGGUGGAGAGAACUUCGAGAGGAAAGAGGAGAAGCUGCUGAUGUGGAAAAAUUUGUUCAACAUGUACAUGGGAAUCAUUUUAUACCCAACACAGCACUAGUGGACUGCACAGCUGACACUGUAAUCGCUGGCUAUUACUAUGACUGGUUGCGCAAAGGAAUACACGUAGUUACUCCUAACAAGAAAGCAAAUUCAGGACCACUCGAUCAGUAUUUGAGGUUAAGAGCUCUUCAAAGGCAAUCCUACACACACUACUUCUAUGAAGCUACUGUUGGGGCAGGUCUUCCCAUUGUGAGCACUUUACGUGGUCUCCUUGAAACUGGAGACAGAAUAUUGCAAAUUGAAGGCAUAUUUAGUGGGACUUUGAGUUACAUAUUUAAUAACUUUAAAGAUGGCCGGGCUUUUAGUGAGGUAGUUGCUGAAGCAAAGGAAGCUGGUUAUACUGAGCCAGAUCCAAGGGAUGAUCUGUCUGGAACAGAUGUUGCUAGAAAGGUGAUAAUUCUUGCUAGGGAAUCUGGUUUAAAGCUAGAACUAUCGAAUAUUCCAGUUGAAAGCCUUGUGCCAGAACCACUACAAGUUUGUGCAUCAGCUCAGGAGUUUAUGCAAGAGCUACCAAAAUUUGAUGAGGAGUUCACAAAGAAACAAGAAGAUGCAGAUAAUGCCGGGGAAGUCUUGAGAUACGUGGGAGUGGUGAACGUGAUUAAUGGAAAAGGAGUGGUAGAGCUGCGAAGAUACAAGAAGGAUCAUCCGUUUGCACAAUUGUCUGGGUCGGAUAAUAUUAUUGCAUUUACAACAAGAAGGUAUAAAGAUCAGCCUCUGAUAGUUCGUGGGCCAGGAGCUGGUGCUCAAGUCACAGCUGGUGGAAUAUUUUCUGAUAUUUUACGACUUGCCUCAUAUCUUGGUGCUCCAUCCGCUUUUUAA